CCCAUCAUUUUCUAAACCCCACACAGUUCCGACUUCUUUCUCAAAGUGACAAAAUGUUAUUUUCGAAAAAAAUAUUGCUGUUGUCUGUAAUCACACUUUUGCUGCUAGCUGCAGUUGAUUCCGAGGAAACAACAACUUCAGAAUCUGACGAGCUUUCAAAAGGCGACAUCACCUGCGAAGAUUAUGAUACCACAGAAGAUCGGUCCGGGCAGCUAAUCGUCAGCCAUGACGCACCCUUUUCUCCGCAGCGCAAAUACAUUGUCACCCUGAUCAAGCUAAACUGGUUUGCGGCUUAUGCUUUCUGCGAACAAAAUGGUUGGUCGCUGGUCAGCAUUGAAUCUGCAGCGGAGCAAUUUCAAGUGCAGAAUUAUAUAAAUUACUUCAAUCUGGAGAGCAGCGAUUUCUGGACUUCUGGCAAUAAGUUAACCGACUUACAGAACUUCCGUUGGGGUUAUAAUGGUUCCAAAUUUAGUUAUACAAACUGGGCAAUGGGUCGACCCGAUAACUUUAUGGGCGGUCAGCAUUGUGUGAAAUUGCUGGAGAACUCUUUGAAGUGGGACGAUGAUUUCUGCGAGAAUAGUCAUCAUUUCAUUUGUCAAAUGGAUAGAUAUCCAACCACCAAUAUAGUGGAGUCAUAGGAAGAAGAAAAAGGUUGUUUCGGAAAUCUUAUAAGAGAAGUCGUUUCUGAAAAAUGUUGCAAGACUUCUUGAAAGCUUAAAAGAUAUAAAUAUUAGUCAAAAAAUAUUCAAAAAUGAUUUAAAAAAUAUUACUAAAGUUAACAAAUGUAACGAAUUCUUUCCAGAUAGUCCACUAUUGAAAAAUUCCAAAUAAAUAUUAAUUGUGCAUAAAG